UAUCUGGAUGCAAUUCUUGACGGGUUGGAAGGAUGGCCGAGCAAGCGCGAGAGAAACAAGCCGGCAAUGACACCAGCCAACCUUUGUUUUCGACAGAGGAGGAGGAACAAGUGGUGAGAAAAAUUGACAGCUUCGUCUUGCCCAUGUUGUGUCUGGUGUUCUUCUUCCAGUACCUCGACAAGCAAGGCCUGAGUUAUGCCUCUGUAUUCGGCCUCAUUGAGGACCUUUCCCUGCAUGGAUCGGAAUACUCGUGGUGCUCCUCCAUUUUCUAUGUUGGCCAGCUGAUUUCGGAGUAUCCUUUCAUCUAUCUCAUGAGUCGCCUGCCCUUGACCCGUUUCGUUGGCAUUACCAUUAUCAUCUGGGGAGGAGUGUGCAUGUGUCUGGCAGCCUGCCAGACCUUCACCAGCUUCGCCGCCGUCCGGUUUCUGCUGGGCGUGAGUGAGGGCGCGGUCGCCCCAGCGUUCGUCACCCUAACCAGUGUCUGGUAUCGGAAGAGAGAGCAUGCUGUGCGCGUCGGAGUCUGGAUCACGAUGGAUGGACUGGCUCAGACGAUCGGCUGUCUGCUCAUGUACGCCAUCGGACGAACUUCCCCUGGAGCGCUGGCCCCCUGGCGGACAUUUUUCCUCAUCUGCGGGGCCUUGUCAUGUCUUUGCGGCGUCAUCUUCAUCCUCGUUGUGCCUUCUUCGCCCCAGAAAGCCUGGUUUCUCACCCCGCGGGAAAUCGAGGUCCUCGAAGCCCGCAUGGCCCUCGACCGGGACGCUGGCGACCUGACGCACUUUUCCCUUGCACAAGUCAAGGAGACGGUGAGGGACCUCCGGUCGUGGUUUAUGUUUAUCUUUGGGGUAUUGGUCACGAUGCAAGCCCCGGUGCUUACGUUUGCCUCUCUCAUCAUCAAGAACUUGAAUUACAGUAGUCUGCAGACGAUGCUCUACACGGCACCCUCCGGCGCGGUGCAGAUGCUGGCGAUCUGGAUCAGUCUGGCUGGAUGCUACCUCCUUCCUCAGAACCGAUGCUUGGUGGUGAUGGUGAUGACCAUUCCCCCCUUGGUCGGAAACAUCCUCCUUCUCAAGCUUCCGCUGUCUGCUGGAUGGGCUCUCAUAGUUGCCUCCUGGCUGGCUUCGUGUCUCCCCAACAUCCUGGCUCUCGUGCUGAGUCUUAGUGCCUCGAACGUCAAGGGAAACACCAAACGUCCCAUGGUCAAUGCCUUAUUCUUCAUUGGCUACUGCACUGGUUGUAUCGCUGCCCCGCAGCUCUGGAAGUCCGAUGCUGCGCCGAGGUUCUUCGAGGGGAUCGUGACCGACAUUGUCACUUGGUGUCUGCUCAUCGUGGCGUUGGGGGUGUACUGGUAUCUCUGCCGAUCGGAAAAUCGCAGAAGAGACGAGAUGAGGGCUCACUCGUCGCAAAUCACCUUUCACCCUGGGGACGAUCUGACGGAUAUCCAGGAUGUUCAGUUUCGGUAUAAUCACUAAGGGCUUGUUGACCUUCUGCGUAGAUGACCACCUCAAUCGACACAUCAAUCGUCAGCGGUCAGUUUUACUUGUUAUUAGUCAUUGCUUGGACCAGGAAGACGGAGUGAGCUAUAAGUAGGUAGAUAUAUCUUCAGUGGGGAUAUGGGAG